AUGGCUACUAAUGGAAAGGCUAGAAGUACUCUCAUCAAUGGUCUUAAUCAAGCUGAAUAUGACAAGGUGUCAUCUCUCAAAUCUGCAAAGGAGAUAUGGGAUGCUUUGGAAGCUUAUCAUGAAGGAUCAAAGGGUCUAAGGAAAGUAAAAUUGGGACAACUAAUGAAGGAACUUGGUGCUUUCGGAUUGCAGAAGGGAGAAACCAUCAAAGAAGCUCAAGCUAGGUUUCAACUCAUUGUUAAUAACCUAGGGAGACUUGGAAAGAUAAUUCCUCAAUCAGAACUCAACAUGAACAUUCUUGCUUCUGUUCCAUUCGACUUUCAAUCCAAAGUAACUGCCUUGGAAGCUGCUCACAAUAUUGAUACAAUGGAUCAUCUAGCUCUUUUUGCUGAAUUGGAACAAUUUGAGAGAAAGAUGCAUUCCAAGAAGCAUGAUGCUCCAGUUGAGAAAAUGAAGAACUUGGCUCUUAUUGUUGAAAAGAGCAAGCCAGAAUCAGAUGAGGAAUCAGAUGAAGAUCUUGCACUCCUUUCCAAGAAGAUUCAAAGGAUGAUUAACAAGCAUAGUCAGCUGAAAAGGGAGAAAGGCAAGGAUAAGGCUAAGUACUCAAGUAGCAGAAGGCCCUCCAAGGAAUCAAAGGAUCAGAACUGCUUUGAAUGUGGAAAGCCUAGUCACUUCAAGAAGGACUGCUACAAGCUUAAGUCAAAACAGCCUGCUGUUUCUAAAGACAAAAAGAAGAAAUCUAAAGCACUUCUGACUUGGAGUGAUGAUGAAGAAGAAUCUGCCUCCAGUGAUGAAUCUGGUGAGGAACUGAUCAAUCUUGCACUUGUUGGCAUGGAGGAUGACAAUGUUCGAGGACUCACCGAUGAUGGUCUUGUCGAAACUGACUCCGAGGAUGACAACAGUGAGGUUAGUUCGUUCAAAUUUGAUAUUUCCAAUGAUAAUCUUGUGCUAGAACAACUAACCAUGCAGGAGCAAGAUCAUAUUCCAAAUGAGGAAUAUAAUUCCCUCAAGGCAGAAAACAGCAAGCUGAUUGAAAAGAACAACUAUCUUAAGAACAUGGUUCAAGAGCUUAUGCAGAAGAUAGAUAAAUUCUUUGACUCCAAAGAACCUACCCAAGCCAGAAUGAAGGAACUUCAGGAAAAGCUAGAUCAAGCUGAAGGGUUUCAUAAAGUUUUGAUGAGACGAAAUGAAGUUCAGAAGGAAGAGAUCUCCCAGCUGAAACAAGAAGUAGAAGCCAGAGAUGCAUGCCUAGAGACAUUCAAAUUAAAAGAAUCCACAAAGCUGCAUACAUCUCAGACUGCUCCCAGCACAUCUCAGCCUGCUGCAACUACUCCAGUGCCCACUGCUACAACAAAUCAGCAAGCUGAAAAGAUCAAAAUUCUCGAAACAGAAGUAUUGAAGCUCAGAAAAGGAAUGGGAACUUUUGUUCAAGGAGAAGAAGGUCUAAAGUACAUGAUGAAGAGCAUCAAGGUUCCACUAGAUAAAGAAGGUGUUGGUCACAACUUCAACAAGAAAGGAAAUGCUCUCAAGUAUGAAGGAAGGCGUGGCAAACCAUACAAAUAUGCUAUGCCCUGGAAGAAAUGUGCAAACUGUGGAGGACAAGGACAUCUAGCUCAGUAUUGCAGAGUCAGGCCUCAAAGACAAUAUUUCCAUAACAGACCAGAAGACAAAACAGCCUACUGGAACAGGAAAGUAGCUUACCAGAAUUUCAAUGGUCCCAACAGAAGCUACAACAGAAGCUACAACAGAAUCUACAACAGAAGCUACAACAGAGGCUACAGAACCCAGCAACAUCCUCAAAGACAGUACUUCCAGAACAGAUCAAAAGACAAAACAGCCUACUGGAACAAGAAGACAGCUUACCAGAAUGGUCCAAACAGAAGCUACAGAACUAAGCAACAUACAUAUCCUACUGUGAUGUGUCUUGCUGCUAAGAUCAAGUCUACACAAUGGAUCAUUGAUAGUGGCUGUACAAGGCAUAUGUGUGGAGACAAAAUUCAGUUUAAGAGUCUUAAGUUGAAAAGAGGAGGAGGAGUAACUAUUGGUGAUAGUAAGACUCUCCCUAUUCUAGGUAAAGGUAAAGUAGGUAAUGACACUGCCUCUAUUUCCAAUGUUAGAUUUGUUAAAGGCUUAAAGUAUAAUUUGCUUAGUGUAAGUCAAUUGCAUGAUGAUGGUCAUAAAGUUGAAUUCUCUAAGGAUAAAUGUGUUAUUACUGUUGGUACUAACCAAAUUCCUCUAGUUGCUAGAAGGAAAGGAAAUAUAUAUAUCUUAGAUUUUGAGUUGCAGAAAACAGCCUGCUGUUUAGCUGCUGUGGAUGCUGAUCCAACCUUUUGGCAUAGAAGAUUGGGUCAUGCUCACAUGGACUUGCUUAAGAAGUUGUCAAGCAAGGAGCUAGUGAGGGGUCUGCCCAAAUUAAAGUAUGCCAAGACCGAGGUGUGUUCAGCAUGUCAGCUAGGCAAGCAAAUCCGAAGCACUCAUAAGGCUAAGAAUUUGGUAUCAACUUCUCAACCUCUAGAACUCUUACACUUAGACUUGUUUGGUCCUGAGGCUUAUAAAAGCAUUGGAGGUAAGCAAUACUGUUUGGUUGUUGUUGAUGAUUAUUCUCGAUAUUCAUGGACUUUAUUUCUUCGUACGAAAGAUUGUGCAUUUGAAGAAUUUGAAAUUCUAAUCAAACUUCUUGAGAAUAAGUUGAAAACCAAGCUUAUAGGUAUAAGGAGUGAUCAUGGAGGUGAAUUCCAAAAGGACUUUAUUACAUAG